UUUUUAAAAAAACAGUUCCUCCGUUGGAAGAAGCCCUCAAGCAAAUUCAGGAAUCCAAUUUAAAAUCAGAAGUAAACCUCCUCCCUUCCCACAGACCAACAAUAAAUUGGAGAUCCAUUCCUGCCUGUCCAGCUGUCUCCACACCUUAUCCCUACUUAACUGAUCAGCUGUCUCCUCCACGGGCCCCAUUGCUAUCCCACCAUUCCCAGAUUCUUCCUGGCUAUCCAACUGUUUCUACCCCCCACCAGCCCCAAACCCUGCCUGUCCGUCCAUCUGUCCCCGCUGCUCUUCCAAAGACCUCUUUCCCAGCCCCGUUACUGUCCUACCCAGUCAAAUAUCUUCCUCACCCUCCAGCCCCAGUUAACCCCAGCUUCUCUAGCAGUUUCCCGCAUCUACCAGCCCCAAUUCCUUCUGGCCCACCUGACCAUCUACCCCACCCACCCCGAAGUUCCACAAUCAUCCCUCCUCCUGACUCACAGAGCAAGUUAUUUUACAAAACUUUCAGACCCAAACAUUUCCCUCCACAGCGUUCUACUCCAGCCACUCUAAUGCCUGCCCUCAUUCAUCAUUCCCUUCCAGCUCUACUGGUUGUUUCCCCAACCCCUUUGGAAGCUGUCCCCAUUUUGAAGCCUUCCUGUUUAUCCAGUCACCCCCCUCAUCAACCAGUCCCCACUCUUUCUGAUAUCAGCUUGUUCCCUGAACAUCCUGCUACUUUAGAUUCUUUUUGGUCAGUCCAGCAGUCUGUUCCACAAACCACCACAUUGUCAGAUCUGCCCCAGGCCUUUGUAGACCAUCCUCCUGCCUCAGUUCACUCCCACCUACCUCCCUGUCACUCCCCGUGCUCUUCUUUGUCUUCCACACCUUCUUCAUCCCCUGUGCAGUCCUCUUCCUCUUCCUCCAUCCUUUCCUCUUCUUUACCCUCCUCUCCUGCCUCUCCAUCCUUACCCCUUUCAUCUGUCCCUCUCUUUUCCUCUCCUCUGCAUUCAGCUCCCUCUCCAAUCCAUCCUGUGUCUUCAUCCUUUCCCCCCAUGCUUUACUCUCCCUCUCUUCCUACAUCCCCAUCUCCUUUUAUUUCUAUUCAUCCCCUCAAUCCUCCUCACUGGGGGAAGAAAGUAGAGAAGAGAAGAGAAGCAAGUGGAGUAGAGAAGAAAGAAAUAGAGAAGAAAAAGUUGAGAGACGUCAACUUUAAAGAGCUAUAGAUAAUGCCUUGCCUUCAUCAUUGUCAAAAAAUGGUCACAAGCAUCAGAAACAUCUCUUAUCCAAAAUCAAUUGUGGUAAAGAAAUGAAGGAAAACAACAGGGCAAACUUGGCUACUAACAAAGAUGCGUUCCAGCUUAAACUGGAAGAAACUCAGAAACUCCUAGAAGAUCAGCAUCUAAGCAGUUUGCAAAAAUUUUGUGAUGAAGUUAAUCAAAUAACAAAUUCUGAAACCCUCUCGAGUAUAGACAGUCUUGAGGCUGGGGAACAUGAAGAAAUAUAUUUAACCCUUAACAAGGAGCCUUCCACAUCAAACCAGAAGAAUUUCAUUUCUCUCAAAUCAGUAAAUCUGCAAUCAACUAAUCUAAGCUGCUUUGAUGAAGAUAAACCGUCACUCUCUAAAACUCAGCAUAUAAAUAAUUGGCUCAUAAAUGUAAAUGAUCCAAAUACUCAGACUGUCACACCUUUCUCAGAUAUUUUAAGUAAUCCUAACAUUCUGCCUUCUUGUGAAUGUAAAGAAGAAAAUCCACCUGUGGAAAGAGUGACAAAUAGUGCUAAUAAUUCAGGAGCCUUUGUAUAUAGUCCACCCAUAUUUGUACAAGACGGAAAAAGCAAAGAGGUCUCCGAAACUAGCCCUGUGAGGGCAACUGACUCCUCUUCUGGAACAUUCAAAAGGGCGAGACCAUUUGUUACUGAGAGCCCAAACUUUAAAUUCAGCAGAGUCUGGGCCACUCCAGAUAGUCCAACACAGGAAACGGCUGCGUUUUCAGACCAAGGGAGCGAUUCCGAGUUAACACAAGAAAAUAGAACUACUCCAUUUGUACCUGUGGCAACAUGUAUGGUUUUGCCACGUCAUACGCAGCCGGCUAGGCCUUUACCAAAGAGCAGUCUACAUAUAAAGGAAGUCGAGCCUGCGCCGGGUUCUGGUAAGUUAGGAGAAUUGACCAACGUUAACGGUGAGAAGUUAAAAUACUUCCAUUGUGAUAAGGAAGAGUUGCCUUUGUUUUCAGAUGAUUUCCAAGUUGCCUAUAUACCUCACAACUCUGAUUCAAAUGAUAAAAAACACAAAAUACCCCAAACAUCAACGUCAGUGUCUAACAUGAUUUCUAACUGUGACUUAGUGGGUCAGCACAAGAAGAUGAAAUACAACAUUCAUGAGAGAAAUGGUGUGAGGUUUCUGAAAAGUAUUUUAAAAAAAGAAUCUAAAUACGAACACAAUUGUUUUAAGGCACUAGUUAUAAACCAUAGCUUUAAGUUAGGAAAUCAAAAAGCAGCAGCUAUCAGAGAUAGUAUUGAAUUAACAAAAGAAAAAGGUACAGAAAUUCCAAAGAUUAUUAAAAAACUGAGGUGGUUUGAUGAAACUGGAGAUACAGAAAAAAAUGCUGCAGACCAUCAUUCACUGAAGAACAGAACAGAGCUAUCUCAGCAGUGGUCUCAGCCUUUCCACGUUCAGACCAAAAGUGGUGCUGCCGGCAACGCCGUUAGAGUUCCCGCCCUAAGUGCUGUAGAUUCUGCUGAUGGAACGAAGCCCGAGGAGGAUUCUGUCUCUGACAAUGUCGCUGCUUAUGGAGAAGCUGGGACAGACCAUGUGCCUCUGAACUGUUUUAUGCCUUCAGGUUAUAACGUUGCUAAACAAGCCUGGCCACCCUCAGAAAAAGAGGGCAGUCAACCCCCUCUGCAAAGUGGCAGUUCUAAAGCUCAGAAAGCAAGUCCACCACAAGGUGGUACAAGAGUAAUCCGAAGAACAAGAUCUGCUCAAGUGCAGUCAGCCUUCGUGUGCUCACACAGAAAAGGCUCUGUCCUUCGGCCCCAGUCCGAGAGCAGAGCCCACAGACUCUUACAAGCUCAGGGUAGACUGAUUGUGCCUCAUCCUCCUCCUAAGUCUCCGUCAAAUAGUAGGAGUAGUAAAAAUACACAAGUGUCUCAGUGUCAACAGGUAACACUUGAAGAUUCUCAAAACGUAAUUACAAGUCACUAUUUUCGUUCAAAGCAUGUGCUUCCAACAGAACACAAGUUCAAUCACUGGAAUCAGGAAAGUCAUUUUCCACCCGCAGCUGUUUGUUCGGACUCUGUCACUGUGAUGCCUUCUCUACCGUAUUGUUCUUCUGAGUGCCAAACUUUAGCAAAAAUAAAUGGUUCAGAUGGCACUCAAGUGGCGCCCCAGCAAGGUGGGACUUCACAUUGCGCCCACAGAUGUCCUGUUGAUGAAGAAAGCCAUCCCUCUGUGACUCUGAGAACCGCUCAAGAAGAGUCUGUUCCCUUGUGGAAAAGACAGAAUAAUAUUCCGGGCCAAAAUGAAAAGGCUGCUGGCUCUACUGUUGUAAGAAGAAAGCGAAUUGUUGAAAAUAAGCAGAGAAGCCUUUUAGAACAGAAAAGACAAAACUCUGGAUCUGCAGGAAAGAAGUGCAACGAGCAAAUGAACAAUUUUGGGCAAAGUGUCCAGCCAAGUUCAAGUGAGCCAAAACACACUACGAGGGGUACUUCUGAUGUUGAAGAAGUUUCAGAUAGUACUUCGCAGUUUUUGAUGGCUGAAAGCCUAGUGAAAGCUUCAGUGCCUGAGGAUGAAAUUCUCACUGUCAUGAAUAGCAAGCAGCUACAGAAACCAAAUCUGGCUUUAAAUAAGACCCAGGCAUUCGACAUCUCUGCACUCUCAGCUGGGGAGCAGAAGAUCCUACAGUCCCUCAGUCGUCUCAAUGAGAGCUUAUACUAUGUACAAGAAGCCAUUUGCAAGAAUCCAUCCAUCAAAAACACCUUACAAAUAAUACCACUUCUGAACAGCCAGCCAAGGGGCAGCCCAUCUCCUGGCGUCGGAUCCAGAUGGCAGAGAAAAUACUGACGGCGUACAACAGCGAGUAUGACCCGGAGUCGUUAUCGUUGACAGUCUCCUGUAAAUAGAGCAUAGAUCUCUGCAUUUGUUAAUGAUUUAAAAUACUAUUACCAUAAGAUAAAGGUAAAUCAUAACAUGAGUAAUGGAGAUAAAUUGACUAGUUUACAUUUAUGCUACAAGGUUAUUAUGUAUUUUAUUGAUAAAUACAUUUUUAGUGAAUGGAAAUGCUUCAUUGUUUUUAAUGAGCAUGCUACUGAAAACAAAUUCAUUAUAUUUAAAAAUAAAACAGGAUAUUUUGUUAUUCAAAUUAUGUAUUAGCUAUAGUUGUGGAGCUUUGUUUUUCUGAAAUCCCUAAUAAAUUCUAUUAAAUUUUGGUACAGUGGUAUAAAAAGUUCAUGAUUAGUUAAUAAUAUCCGACAUAGGGGCACCUGAAUGGCUCAGUUGGUUGAGUGACUGCCUUCGGCUCAGGUCAUGAUCCUGGAGUCCCGGGAUCGAGUCCCGCAUCGGGCUCCCUGCUCAGCGGGGAGUCUGCUUCUCCCUCUGACCCUCCCCCCUCUCAUGCUGUCUCUCUCAUUCUCUCUCUUUCAAAUAAAUAAAUAAAAUCUUAAAAAUAAUAAUAAUAAUAUCCCACAUAAAUAGUAAAGCCAUCUGUCUAAGACUUUGAAGGAUCUCUGUACUUUGGAGGUGUUGCCAAGCAGUGUUAAGAAAACCAGAGGAAACUCCUUGUAUAAUCAUGAAACUCCUUUUAUGAUUUUAGAAGUUUUUUCAUAGAAUUAUGAUAAUCUCAUAUAUCUUUUUAUUUUCCCUCACCCAUUUCUGCUUCAGGCUCUCAUCUGGACUACUUACCUCUCACUCCAGGGAAGCUGACAGGUGGCAUUUCUAAAGUUUGGUGGACUGGCAGAGUAAAAAUCGCUCAUAUCAAUCCCAUCUUAGGGGCACCUGGGGGCUCAGUCGGUUGAGCAUCCGACUCUUGGUCUCAGCUCAGAUCUUGAGCUCGGGGUUGUGAGUUCAAGCCCCACACUGGGCUCCUAUCUUAAAAGUUUUCGAGGGACCGUGCAUAUAGGCACUCCGUGUCCCAAGUCCUCCCUGCUUGCACUAAUGCUCAGGCCUCUUACAGGCCCCAGCCUGCUGUCCGGGCCUCUCCGCCCACGUGCACACCUCCCCCAGCUCCAAAUGCCUCCACUAACAUCUGCCUGAGUCACGUUGAUGCGCUCUUUUAAAUUCUGCUCAGGUUGAACGUUGUCUGGUGUUUCCUAAUCAUCGUCUGCCACCUUUGUAUAAGUCAUGUCCUUUGCGUGCUGGGCCGUAAGGAUUUCUGUGAGUGUCCCUCUCCUUCUGGGUAAAGAGCUCCUGGCAGCUGGCAGUUGUCACUGGUGUCUGUGCCCUUAGGAACUAAAGUGGGGGACGCGGUGGCAGAGCAAAGGAAUGAAGGAAGGAAAAUACUCAACUGUGCGAUUUACCAAGCCCUACUACGUGCUAGGUGCUGCUCCGUGUAUUAGGGAGAUAGUAAAAAACAGAAGCAAUUAUAUUCUUCUAUCAUGGAACUUCUAUUUUAGUCGGGAAUACAGAUUUCAAACCUAGGAAUAUGCCACCAGAGGGUUAUAAAGCACGCUGAAUGAAAAGCAGAGCACGGGAAGGGGCAGAGUACUGGGGUAAACGUGACACAGAUGGGGUGGCCAGGGAAGGUGUCUGAGGACUGAAGUGACGGGGAGCCAGCCGUGGUGGCAGCGGGAGAACAGGUCAGCCAGAGGGCAGGAGAGUGGGCUGUUCUCCUAGUGAUGAUUUCAGAGCAGGUGGGGCCCGUUAGGAGAAAGAGAGGACCGGCGGUCUGGACAGGGCGUCUCAGACACAAGCGCCCCUUCCGCCACCGCAGCUGGUGGUAAAUGCCUUUUCUAGUCUGAGAGGUCUGGGGUGGAACCAAGACCACACCAGUCCUGCUGGUCCGUGAGCCACAUUUAGACCCACAGGGUCUGGAGCAUAACCUUGGCUGCAUGUUGAAAUCACAUGAGGAACUUUAAAAAAUAUUGAGGUCUGGGUUACCCCAAGGUGCAGUUUGAGCAUUUAGAUUGUUUAAAUCUCCCCAAAUUGUAAUGAGCAGCAAGGUUAAGAAACAAUGGUCUAGAAGCAACAAUGAGAAACAAGUAGUGGGGCUGGGGAUCCCAAACCCAGCCUGCAGCAUAAGGACCGCCAGCAAACAGCCAGUCUGGGUGCCCUCUCCGGCCGGCGGGCAGCUGUUCUGCUUUGGGCAUUGUCUUUCUGGGCUCCCCUCCGUCCCCAGUCUAUCGCUGAAAUCGCCGGACUACGUGACUGUUUAACUGUUGGUGGUGGUCAGGUGUGUUGGAAGCGAUUCGUGGAGCUCUGACGGGAGCAGAUUUGCUUUUGCUCCACACCAGCAGUAGAUGCAUGCUCUUGCCAUUCCUUGUUUCACGUGAGCAGUAUUUCGUGCUGUUGUUCCUUGUUUCACGUGAGCAGUAUUUCGUACUGUUCACGUGCCGAGCGUUUGCUGCAGUCUCUGAGUAUGGCGUGAGUAUGAAAUAGCCCCUUGUGGUCAGAUUCGCUGCGGUCCACAUUUCCAGGUUAGAAGUGGCCAAAGGGGAAGGUGGAAGUAACAGGAAGUGGCCACUCCUAGCAGGUCACCGUGGUCGCUAACGGGGGGACCGGCUGACUCAGGGUGCCCGGCUUCUCCGCUCCACAGCAUCUUCCAGCAGCCCCCGGCCCACCGCCAGGCAUAGGCUGAGACCCACGGAGACUGCAUCACCCAAGCUCCCUCCUCCUCACUCACGCAGGCCAGAUCUGAUGCCCUGCCCCUGCACUCUGCACCUCCAUCCUCCCGUCCCAGACUCUCGUUCUCCAGCUCCUCUCAUAGUUGGUAGAAUGUCAUUCUUGUAACAAAUCCCCAGUCCCACAAUUCUUACAGCGGCUGUGCUUUCCUGAUUAAUACAGUCUGAUGGAGGAGACACACGUGGGCGAUGAAUGACAUUCUGAACUCUGAAAAAAAGCUUCAGAGUUAGCCAAAUGGAUGUUGUUCAUCUGGCUAAGUCCUAGUGAGAAGAGCCUCCCAGGUCUAGAGGAGACAGAGCCCAGACCCUGGGAGGAAGCAGGGCCCGAAACACCGUCCUGGUAAAGGGCCCCAACCACGUGGGCUCCGCCCCUUGACCACUGGUUCCUCCUGAGGGUUUUCACCAGAAGCCCUAGAGCCUCCCUUUCAGCUCUGCAAACCUGCAGAGCUUUCUUGGUACUCGGAAUUAUCUAGAAGGAAAUUUUAAAUAAAGAACUUGAAAUACAGAUGCAAACAAAUUAGAAUUUAUAAUUGUGCUCUCAAAUCUGACUGUUAAUGAAAUUAUAAGAUGGGUAUUUCCAAAGUGGGACUUUACCUUUCGGAGUAGAAAGGUACUGAUGAAAGCCACACGAAGAUUGAGGUCAGUGGUCCCGGGAGAACUCAGGCAGGGUUCACAGAAUAUGUCAUUUUCUGACACGCUGGCCGGGUGUGUGGCUGCAGGGUUCGGGUAGGGGUAUGUCCGCUGCUUCUUCGCAUUUCUAGGAGGAGAGACAGGACAGGACUAACAGCCGCAGGGACUAAGAGGACUUUUCUUCUAUCUCUCUAGUAGUGGACGCACACAUCUGCCGGAACCAUUCCCAGGAAAGCAAGUGAGCAACAGAACUACUGAAUGCGUGUCCCAGCCCGGGGCUGGAGAGCGGCGAAGUCCAGCAGAGCUCUGAGAAGACCCAGCUCCGCACACAAAUGCAGGCGGAGACCCAGGGCGGCUCACUGUGAGUGGAGCAAAUAUGCGUUCUUCCCGAGUUCCCGGUGCUGCUUGGCAGCUAUAGA